AUGGAUAAACCGCUCGUGAGAAAAAACCUGCCGGCGCUGGCGGAGCAGAUGCAAAACGUAGCGGGCCAGCUUCGCUCCGUGGCCGCCUCAGCAGAGCUCUUCAAGAUGGUGGCGCGGACGAGGAACAUCAUCAGCAACACUCUCUACCCCUUGGAGAAGCGAAAGGAGGAUGUGACGUACCAGGUGGCGACGCUGGACCUGGAGGUGAUGCCCCUGCAGCGCCAGAUCAACCAGAGCUCCGGCCACCUCAGGACCAUCCAGUAUUUCAUCCACAGCCACGGAUCCUCUCUUGCAGCCGCCAAAGCCCGCGGCUACGUCGAGAGAAUCCUGAGCUACACCCGCCAGUACACCGAGCACGUCCGCAACGCCGCCCUCCUGAACGUCGCCCCUUGCACGCCCGUCUGGAAUCUCUUUGACUCUGCUCGCGGCGUCACCUGCAACGGGAUCAUUGAACCUCUGAACGCGUUGUGGUUGGCUACCUGCUGGUGUCUGCUGCUCUUCCUGCCAGCCAUUGUGAUAAGCCUCGCCCUGGCUCGGUUCUACCUACGUAUGGAUAAUGACGAUGACACGCUUCCUCUCCACUCGAACGGGUCGCCGCCGGGCUCGAGCACCAACCUGCAGGGCGGCGGGUCGUCGGCGCUGUGGGGGCCGAAGGCGACGCCGCACGCCCACGCGCACCACGCGUACCCGAGUCGCCACCACAAUGGGUGA